GCUAUACGGGCCUUGCGAACAUAAUCGCAUUUAUAAAUAAAUUGACAAAACUAGUGCUAAUCGUCGUCAUUAUUUGUUUCCAAUACUAUCGCUCAAUCAUCAAACAUCUGUUUUCUCCUUCCCCCGACCCGAGACGAUUCGCGAAUCGCGAGAAAUGGCGAAUCCGGCAGCAGAGUACGAAUCCUUUCUCGACAAAGUCCGCCGCACCGUCUACGUCGACGAGCUCACUCCCCACGCCUCCAAAGCCGUCGUGGAAUCAGCCUUCAGCCAGUUCGGCACCGUCAAGGACGUGAUCUUCUUGCCUAACUACCUGGGCCCGAAGGAGCUUCCGGCGGGCGUUCUGGUCGAGAUGGAGUCGGAGCAGAAGGCCAAGGCUGUGAUCGAGACUGUCUCUCAGUUCCCUUUCAUGGUCGCCGGGAUGCCGAGGCCCGUUAGAGCCUCUGCUGCUAGGCCCGCGAUGUUUAGCGAUCGGCCCAAGAAGCCUGGAAGGAGGAUCCAGUUCCGUUGGGUGGAUCCUGGUGAUCCUGAGUUUGAUAAGGCGCAGAAAGUGAAGAGGGUUGUUAAGAAACACGCGGCUGAAGCUGCGUUUAUGAUUAAGAAACAGCUGGAGGAUGCGGAGGAGCUGGCGAGACAGCAAUCGGAGACGGUGACAACGCAUCACAGGAAGUACGAGAUAAUCGAUAAGCUGACACACGAGGGUGUUGCUCAGGAUCUUGCUGGACAUUACAACAUGAAAUGUGGUCCUCCUCGUCGCUAGAGAGAGAGAGAUGAUUCUGACUAGUUUGUGUGCUUUUUGGUAGACUUGACUUGUGUUUUUAGUCUCUUCUUUUAACUCCUAGUGUUCUACUUGUCUAGUCUCUAGUUCUCAUUUUUUCUACCAAAGCUUUAGCAGUGUAAGUGUGAAGUACUUCCACUAGUUUGUGUGUUUUUUGGUAGAAUGAAGAAUGUUCUACUUGUCAA